GGCUCAGUGCUGGCUGCAGAGCUGCUGGAGGAAAUAGCUCCUCACAUCGGACUUUUCUGCUCGUGUCGCCGUGUCUCGGAGGGAGGAAAACCGUGCGGCUGAGCAGUUCCUUUAAGGGAGUCUUCCCUGCAAGUGGCAUCUGGAGAUAAAUAACUGCAGCAGUUGCUCCUUUUUUUUCCUCCCUUUAGUUUUACUGGUGCAGUAUGAAGUGCAGUUAUGGCAAGAAGAGGUAAGACAGCUGUGAGGACGCUGGAAGAUUUGACCCUGGAUUCUGGUUAUGGUGGUGCUGCUGAUUCCAUCAGGUCUUCCAACUUGUCCCUGUGUUCUGAUUCUCACCCGGUAGCUUAUGCCCAUGGAGGAAACUGCUGGCUUCUAACUGACUCCAUGCACAGUAGACACAACAGCUUUGACACGGUCAAUACUGUCCUGGCUGAAGACUCGGAGGUCCUGGACUGCUCAGGACAGUGCUCCAGGCUGCCUGACCUUGAGGAAGUCCCCUGGAGCCUUGAGGAGCUUGAAGCUCUUUUGAAGAAAGAGCAGAUAUUGACUAGUGCCAGCAGAGAUGUCCUCUCCAAGCUGUCAACCCUGGUCAGCAGGUCUCUUGUUAGGAUUGCCAAAGAGGCUCAGCGACUGAGCCUACGAUUUGCCAAAUGCACCAAGUAUGAGAUCCAAAGUGCCAUGGAGAUUGUGUUGGCAUGGUCGCUAUCUUCCAGUUGCACUGCCUCAGCUCUUAGUGCCCUUUCCCUAUACAACAUGAGCACUGGGGACAGACUUAGUAGAGGCAAAUCGGUGCGCUGUGGCCUGACUUUUUUGGUUGGGAAGUUCUAUAGGUGGAUGGUGGACAGUAGGGUGGCCCUUAGGAUCCAUGAACACUCUGCCAUCUACCUGACUGCCUGCAUGGAAACCCUUUUCAAGGAAAUCUAUAAGAGGGUCCUCGCCAUGCCUCGCCCAGAGAAGGAAAAUGAGGCCCCAAACUUUACUCCAGAAUCCUUUGAACAAGCAAUUAGCAAUGAUUCGGAGCUCUGGGGUUUGCUUCAACCUUUCCAGCACCUUAUAUGUGGUAAAAAUGCAAGUGGAGUCCUCUGCCUUCCAGACAGUUUGAACCUCCAUAGAGAUCACCAAAGACCAAAUAAACCAGGUGAUGUACAGAUGUUUAGCCAAUCAGAACUGAGGACUAUAGAGCAGUCUUUGCUUGCCACACGUGUGGGAAGUAUUGCAGAGCUCAGUGACCUAGUAUCUCGAGCAAUGCAUCAUCUGCAGCCACUCAAUAUAAAGCAGCAUGGUAAUGGCACCCCAAUGCACAGCAAGCAAGGACCUCUGUAUUGGGAGCCAGAGGCCCUGUAUACCCUCUGUUACUUCAUGCACUGCCCGCAGAUGGAGUGGGAGAACCCCAAUGUGGAACCUUCCAAAGUGACACUACAGACAGAACGGCCAUUCCUGAUGCUCCCACCUUUAAUGGAAUGGAUCCGUGUUGCCGUAGCUCAUGCCGGAUACCGCCGCAGUUUCUCCGUAGAUAGCGAUGAUGUCCGUCAGGCUGCUCGACUUCUACUUCCUGGUGUGGACUGUGAACCACGGCAACUAAAGGCCGAUGACUGUUUUUGUGCGUCUCGCAAACUAGACGCAGUAGCCACAGAAGCGAAGUUUAAGCAGGAUCUUGGAUUUAGGAUGCUCAACUGUGGUAGGACUGACCUCGUCAAGCAAGCAGUGACCCUACUUGGUCCUGAAGGAAUCAACAGUAUGAGUGAACAAGGGAUGACCCCACUAAUGUAUGCAUGUGUCAGAGGAGAUGAAGCUAUGGUACAGAUGCUCCUAGAUGCAGGCGCCGAACUCAACGUUGAGGUCCCAAACACAGCUCAUAAAUUUCCAUCUGUCCAUCCUGAAACCCGUCACUGGACUGCACUGACAUUUGCUGUCCUCCAGGGCCAUAUUCCUGUUGUACAGUUGCUUUUGGAUGCAGGCGCUAAUGUGGAGGGAUCUUUAGAAGCAGGUGAAGAAAAUUACUCAGAAACUUCUUUACAACUGGCAGCCGCUGCAGGAAACUUUGAGCUUGUGAGUUUGCUGCUGGAACGUGGAGGGGAUCCCAUGAUAGGAACAAUGUACAGGAAUGGAAUUUCUACAGCACCUCAAGGAGACAUGAAUUCUUUCAGCCAGGCUGCUGCACACGGACAUAGAAAUGUAUUUCGGAAGCUUCUGUCCCAGCCUGAGAAGGAGAAGAGUGACAUUUUAUCCCUAGAAGAAAUUCUAGCUGAAGGGACAGAUUUGGCUGAAACGAGCAAUAGUUCAUUGUGUCCAAGUCGCAACAGCAAAGCUAAACUGAAGGCGCUAAAAGAGGCCAUGUAUCACAGCGCUGAACACGGAUAUGUGGAUAUUACCAUCGAUAUAAGAAGUUUAGGUGUCCCGUGGACCCUUCACACAUGGCUGGAAUCCCUGCGCAUUUCAUUUCACCAGCAUAGACGUCCUCUGAUUCAAUGCUUGCUGAAAGAGUUCAAGUCAAUUCAAGAGGAGGAAUAUACAGAAGAGCUGAUUACACAGGGUCUGCCGCUCAUGUUUGAGAUUCUGAAAGCUAGCAAGAAUGAGGUUAUCAGCCAACAAUUGACCGUCAUAUUCAGCCAGUGCUAUGGUCCUUACCCCAUCCCAAAGCUGACCGAGAUAAAGCGCAAGCAGACAUCUAGGCUGGAUCCUCAUUUUCUCAACAACAAAGAAAUGUCGGAUGUCACCUUUAUUGUGGAAGGAAGACCUUUUUAUGCACACAAAGUUUUGUUAUUCACAGCAUCUCCAAGGUUUAAAGCUCUUCUUACAAACAAGUCGACUACAGAAAACAGCUGCAUUGAAAUCAAUUAUGUGAAAUAUCACAUCUUUCAGCUGGUCAUGCAGUACCUAUACUGUGGCGGCACAGAAUCACUCCUCAUUAAAAAUAAUGAAAUCAUGGAGCUGCUGUCUGCCAGCAAGUUUUUUCACCUGGAAGCUCUGCAACGCCACUGUGAAAUUAUCUGUGCAAAAAGCAUCAACACAGAAAACUGUGUGGAUAUUUAUAACCAUGCCAAGUUUCUUGGUGUCCCUGAAUUAUCGUCUUACUGUGAAGGCUAUUUCUUGAAAAAUAUGAUGCUCCUCAUCGAAAAUGAAGCCUUUAAACAACUAUUGUAUGAUAAGAACUGUGAGACCUCGGGCCAGGAUGUUCUGGGUGACUUACAAAGGACGUUGGCGACUCGGAUACAGUCUAUCCAUCUAUCCUCUUCCAAAGGGUCUAUAGUAUAGAGUCAGCGGCUGCCAGGGUGGACAGUGUACAUUGUUUAUUCGCUAAGGCUUACAAGAAGAUAAAAGGCUUUUCAUUUUACUGGAUUUCCUAUUUUUCUGAUGGCUUAAGGCAAAAAUUCUGGAUCUUCCUAAGCUGGAAAAAAAUAUAAAAAAUUCUUAUUUUUGUUAAAAAAUAGACAUUUAAUUAAAAAAAGAGGAUUACUCUACAAUUUUCCAAAGGAAAUCAUGAUGGCUUCGACAUAUCAACGUGCAAUGAAUGCUAUGUAGCAAGAAAGCCUACUAUGAAAGAUGCUAAAAAUUCAAAUGUGAUGUUCAGAGAUAUUUUUGAGUUUCUCAGCUUUACGCAACUCUCGUCUUAUGUGCAUUACUGGGAAAGGAGUUAUAUAGAACUGUCUUAAUACAUGAAGAUGGGACUAUUGCAAAAAUAAUUACCUGUAAUUAUGAUGCCACAGUCCAAUGGAAUAGAGCUGGAACAUUUUUAAGGGUACAUGACUUUUUAAAGAUUUCUAAAAAAAAAAAUUAAAUUAAAUUUGUAAAAAUUGGGGUGACACUAUAGGUUAAAAAACAAAGACUUUUCUAAUCUUUCAUUUCUCAAAAGGUUGUCAGUAAUAUGUCCACAAAGUGACUUUAUAUUUCCUGAUGCAAGUCUGAAACAAUCUCCUUUUAUUCAGGUUGCCCAGGAAGGAGAAGUUAGUAAAAACAGGUGUUGUUAAAGAAAUAUUUAAAAAAAUAUUUCAGAAAAUUGGCAUGUCAUUAGUUAUUUUUAAAAAAUUAAGCAAACUUAGAUUUGCAUGGUGUUAUUGUCUUAUCAUUUUGCCAAGAAAUCCACAGUUUGAUCAUUUAAGCCCAUUUGUGAAGUACCAAAUAGAGAACACAAAACUUCUGUUUCACUGUGAAUAUGUGAAAUUGAUUGUAGGCAUUAGUUCAUACAUGACAUAGUAAAAAUGGUGCAACUUUUUUUCUCUGUUUUUGGAAUAUAAGGUCAUUUCUUUCUACAGCAUUGUAGAGAAACCAGUGUGUCUCAGUGUUUGGGUACAGAAAGCCAAAAGGAUCAUAAUUAUCACUUACAUAUCUUCAUUUAUCUCAUUAUCAGUUUUUGUAGAAUGGCAUCUUAGAAAAAAAAAUGUCCUAACAUGUAUGUUUUCUUGUAUGUGUCCAAAAAUUCUUUAGUAUAUGCAGCGAUCACACACACAUUUGUUAUGUGCCACAUCUUCUGAGACACUUGUUUCACAAUCAAUUUGCAUGACAAAAAUAAAUGUACAAAAAGUCUGAUGUUAAUAAAAAAUAAUUUUUGGUUCCUAUUUCAAAUUGAAUAGGGCGUUGUUAAUGUAGAUCAGCAUGCCAGUUUCCACUAAGACAUUGAUGACUGGUAGAUGUAGAUAGCCUGACAAUGCAAUGUAAGUUUUUGGUACAUUGUUCAAGGUCUAAUGAUGUUUCAAGUCUACGUCUUUUUGGAAUAUCAAGCUUUUCUAUAGCUUUGACCAGUAUGGCCAGGUUUACAUUGUUGAUGUUUUUGGGCAAAAUGGGUUUUCCAGUUCUAUAUGGUCAAACCUGACUAUAUAAACUACAUAAAAUAUCAUUGAGAUGCCAUUUACCAGGCAAAACUAGAGAUACCCAUGUUAAAGUGAUCCUAUAUUUGCCCAUUAACCUUAUAGACCCUUGUUAUGUGUACCCAAUGCUAAACUGGCACUAUUCAAAGGUAGAGCCGAUUCUGUACAUGCUUUUACCACUUUUUGUUGACUCUCCAAUAGAUUACAAAUAACUGCCUACCAUAAAGUCUAUUUAUAAUGAAUAUAUUAAAAAUGAAAUAAAUUUAGCAUGAUAACUUAAUGAAUUAUUGUAUAGAAGAUUUGUUAACAUCCAGUUCAGUCCUAAUAUAUUGUCUGAAGUAUUUGACUAAUUGACGUUGUCUGUAAAUAUUGUACAAUGCUUUAGAAUCAAUGGUUGGGUACGAUAUCAGGCUGAAGAUGGACGUUCAGUAGAUGGAGAAGUGAUUAUCCACUGUGUUUUUCAUCCAUUUUUAAGAAGAAAAAAAAGAUUCCUAUAUGUUCUGUAAACUGGGACUGAACGAGACAAAUGAAAGGGAAAAUCUGAAAUUUCAAAUGUAAAAAUAAAACAAAUUCCGAGAGCAUGAAAUUAUAUUUAUUUGGAAAAAGACCAAUGUCCAUUAAAAUAAAUUUCAGCUAAAAAGAUAAA